AAGUGCCCGCUGCCCGCCCCACCACCCACUUGCUCCCCGCCUCUUCUCCUCUCUCUUCCUCUCCCUUUCAGCACUGAUGAGGGGCGGGCGGGACGGCCCUUGGGAACUUCUUUCCCUCCCUUAUCCAAGAACUCACCACCAUCGUAUAUUUAGUAGCUCUUAGCUCCACCUGGACUCCAAAAGAGAGAGCUAAAACCUAGCUUCCGAGACUCGCCACCAUGCGACUUUUACUACCGUUGCUGCUCUUCUUCCACCUCUCCCAGCUCGCCUUCUCUCUCAACCAAGAAGGCAUCUAUCUUCUCGAGGCCAGGCGAGGCCUGGACGACCCCGGCGACGCCCUGGCCAACUGGAACCGCCGCGACGACACCCCGUGCAACUGGACCGGCGUUUUCUGCUCUCCUCCCAGCUCCCCUUCCUCCGACCGGAUCGUCACCUCCAUCGAUCUCUCCGGCAAGGGCCUCGUCGGCCCAUUCCCCGCCGUCCUCUGCCGCCUCCCUUACCUCGCCUCCCUCUCCCUCUCCGAUAACUAUAUCAACUCCUCCCUCCCCGACUCCGCCCUCCGUCCCUGCGCUUCCCUUUCCCACUUGGACCUCUCCGUGAACAACCUCGUCGGCCCCCUCCCCUCCGCCCUCGCUGCCCUCCCCGCCCUCCUCCACCUCGACCUUUCGGCGAACAACUUCUCCGGCCCCAUCCCCCCCUCGUUCGCCGCCUUCCCCCGCCUCCAACGCCUCUCCCUCGUCAACAACCUUCUAACCUCCACCAUCCCCUCUUUCCUCUCCAACGUCUCUACCCUCCGCGAACUCAAUCUUUCUUACAACUCCUUCACUCCCGGCCCCGUUCCCGCCGAGCUCGCCAAACUCGGCUCCCUUGAGCAGCUUUGGCUCUCCCACUGCAAUCUUACUGGCGAGAUCCCCCCCGAGCUCGGCCGCCUCGCCAAGCUCGCCAACUUCGACCUCUCCACCAACUCCCUUUCCGGACCCAUCCCGGCGACCCUCACCCAGCUCUCCAGCCUCGUCCAGAUCGAGCUAUAUAACAACUUCCUCUCCGGUCCCAUCCCCUCCGGCUUCUCCAAGCUCGCCAAUCUCCGCCGGAUCGACGUCUCCACGAACCAACUCAAGGGUCCUCUUCCUGAGGACAUCUUUGACGCCCCUCUGCUUGAAAAUGUCCAUCUUUAUACUAACCAGCUCACCGGGAGCAUUCCCGCCGGCGUGUCUCGCGCUUCGAAGCUCGUCGAGCUGAGUCUCUUCCGCAACCAGCUGAAUGGCUCCCUUCCUGCGGAUUUCGGCAAGAACUCUCCUUUGAUGUCUCUUGAUCUCUCGGACAAUUUGCUCUCCGGAGAGAUCCCGCCGAGCAUUUGCGACCGCGGCGUGCUGGAGGAGCUCCUCUUGAUCGAUAACUUCUUCACAGGGAGCUUGCCAAAGGGUCUCGGCCGGUGCCGGACGCUCACACGGGUCCGGCUCGCGAACAACCGGCUCUCCGGCGAGGUCCCGGCCGGGAUGUGGGGCCUGCCCCAUGUCUCGCUUCUUGAGCUCAAAGGUAAUUUCUUUUCUGGUGGGAUCUCUCCGGCUAUAUCCAGCGCGGCAAAUCUUUCGAAUCUCGUCAUCUCUUAUAACCAGUUCAGCGGCAGUAUCCCAUCGGAAAUGGGAUCUCUGUCUAAGCUAUAUGAGUUUUCCGCUGCGAAUAACAGGUUGACUGGGCCACUGCCGUCGUCCCUUGGCAACUUGUCGGAGCUCGGCCGGCUUAACCUCUGCAACAAUUCCCUCUCCGGCGAGUUGCUCAGAGGGAUCGAAUCCUGGGAAAGGCUCAGUGAGCUGACCCUCUCCUAUAAUGAUUUCACUGGUGGGAUACCGCCGGAGCUGGGCGACCUUCCGGUGCUCAACUAUCUCGAUCUCUCGAACAACAUACUCACCGGCGAGAUCCCUGUCCAAUUGCAAAACUUGAAGCUCAGCAAGUUUAACGUAUCCAACAAUCGCCUGUCGGGAUCUCUUCCACCCCUGUUGGCGAGCCAGGCCUACCGCAAUAGCUUCUUGGGCAAUCCCGGACUGUGUGAUGACUUGCCGGGGUUGUGCCCUGUUACACCGGGAGGCAGGAAGGAUGGCCAUGCGUUCCUUUGGUUGCUCUGGUCGAUCUUCAUCCUAGCUGCUCUGGUCUUCGUUGUCGGGGUGGCAUGGUUCUAUUGGAGGUACCGGAGCUUCAAGAGGUCCAAGCUGGGAAUGGAUAAGUCUAAGUGGACGCUGACCUCGUUCCACAAGUUAGGAUUCAGCGAAUAUGAGAUCCUGGACUGCCUCGAUGAAGAUAAUGUGAUAGGCAGCGGAGCAUCCGGGAAGGUGUACAAGGCAGUCCUCAGCAAUGGAGAGGCAGCCGCAGUGAAGAAACUCUGGGGGACAUCAAAGAAGGAUGGGGACAACGUAGAUCAGAUGGUCGAUGAUCUUUUCGAAGCAGAGGUUGCGACUCUGGGAAAGAUCAGGCACAAGAACAUUGUCAAGCUGUGGUGCUGCUGCACUCACAUGGAUUGCAAGCUUCUGGUUUAUGAAUACAUGCCUAAUGGAAGCUUGGGGGACUUGCUGCAUGGCAGCAAGGGAGGGCUUUUAGAUUGGCCGACAAGGUAUAAGAUUGCCUUGGAUGCGGCCGAAGGACUCUCUUAUCUGCACCAUGACUGCGUGCCACCAAUUGUGCACAGAGAUGUGAAGUCCAACAACAUCCUGUUGGAUGGGGAGUUUGGAGCGCGGGUGGCAGAUUUUGGGGUUGCAAAGGCGGUCGAAGCAAUUGGGAAGGGGUCGAAAUCUAUGUCCGGUAUCGCGGGUUCGUGUGGAUAUAUCGCCCCAGAGUAUGCAUACACCCUCCGGGUGAAUGAGAAGAGCGACAUAUACAGCUUCGGUGUCGUCAUUCUGGAGCUGGUGACAGGGAGGCGCCCUGCGGAUCCUGAGUUUGGAGAGAAGGACCUGGUGAAGUGGGUGUGCAGCACAAUUGAUCAGAAGGAUGUGGACCUCGUGAUCGACCCCAAGCUUGAUAUGUGCUCCAAGGAGGAGAUAGAAAAGGUCCUCAAAAUUGGCCUCCUUUGCACCAGUUCCCUCCCCAUCAACCGCCCUCCCAUGAGGAAGGUAGUGAAGAUGCUCCAAGAAGUGAGUGCUGACAAGCCUAACAAGCCUGAGAAGAGGCAUGGAAAACUCUCCCCCUACUACCACGAAGAUGCAUCAUCCGAUCAGGGGAGUAUUAUUUGAGGACGAAGGCUUCUAAAUAUUGGCUGAUGAUGGAGAGCUUCAUCUCAGUUUCCUUCCAAGCAUCGAUUGUAUAAUUACUGCUCGAAAACUUGAACUGCAUUCCCCACCACCCUGAGAAAUCACAGAUAUUUUUGCUUGCAUGUAUGGAAACAUCACUAUCUGGAAAACAGCUAUGUAAGUAAUUUCUAGAAGGCUUGAUGGUCCCCCAUUGUGUAGUAUAUCUACGUAAAUUUGUUACUUGCAGUGUGACAGCCUAGAUUCUGUUCUGUUC